CGCAUAAAAUUAAAAUUCGUGACGUUUUAGUUGUUUGUAAAGUGUUUGUGAUUGCUUGCUGGAAAAAUUGAGGGAAAAAUAUUUUGGAAAUUUCUGGUGCGGAAAAAGGUUUCCCCCAAAACGGAGGACCGAAGUCUUGCAACCCUUUGAUCAUCACGCACGCACAACUGACCGCCGCUUCGAGCUAAAAAAAACAUGGGUCCAACCAAGCUAACUCCGGAGGACCAGCAGUUCAACAUUGCGUUUGUGUCCGCCGUCAAGAAACAUCCGUGUCUGUUCGACAGCAACAGCACCGAGUACAAACAGGCCCAAGUGCAGGACAACGCCUGGCAGGAGGUUUCGGCCACGAUGGCCGAGAGUGUAGAUUUGUGCAAGAAGCGCUGGCGUAACCUGCGCUGUUGCAUGACCCGGUACCUGAAGUCGGUGCGGGACAACGCGGACAGCGGUUCCAACGUGCGCCGGAAGCCGUACUACCUGUACAACCACAUGCAGUUUGUGGUGCCGUACCUGAAGAUGAAGGACGGCGAGGGUUCGAUGUGUGAGGCGGAAGAAACGGCCUGGAUCAAGGGCAGUGGCAGCGGCCGGGAGCUGAUGAAGGCGGACGAUGACGACGAGGAGGAUGAUGGGCAGGAGAUUGAGACGAUCGACGUGCAGGAGGAAGAUCACCAGCAAAUUAAGCAAAGCAUCAUUCAAUCGAUCAAGAUUCUUCCCAUGGCCGAGCAGCAGAAUCAGGAAACGACAACCACAACGUACGAAAUCAUUGAGGCCACUCCGUCCAAGCAGCCACGCAUCGAGACGGUCCACCAGAUUGCCGUUUCCGCCCCGUCGACAACAAACUCCAUGAAGAAAGACCCGCUCUCGCCGGUCAAGCACUACACGUACACCACGCUCAGCGCGACUCCGGCCAACACCACCACGCUGUACGCGGCCACGCCACUCUCGAGCGGAGGCGGCCAACCCCAGUCGCAGCCGGUUUCGGCCUCGUCGAGUGCGACACUCCGGCAGCACGCGUCACCCCUCCAACAGCAGCAGUUUACGUCGAACGCGGCGGCCGACGCGGACAACAACUUCUUCAAAAGUCUCAUCCCCGAUAUUCAGUCGAUGAAUAUGGACCAGAAGCGCAAGCUCAAGAUCGGCAUUUUGCGGCUGAUUGACGAGAUUCUGAGCACGACAUAGAGAGGGGAGACGAUGCCGCUGGAUCGUAUUACGAAUAUACAAAAAACGUUUUUUUUUUGUUUGCUAAUUUUUUGGCAGUGCAUUGAGCGAAAUGCACAAUUUCAAUUUUAACACCUGAAACUAAAUUGUACUUUUGUUCAGCUUACUUUCGUUAGGGUCACAAAAAGUAGAGUAGAGUAAGGUUCUUUUCAUUUUCUUUUUUUUUUUUUCCUGCAUAGAUGUAUCGACUAAAGUUUUCUCAUUUUAACAAAUCGAUGGUAAAUAAAUCUUUGUCUACAAAGUUA